AUGUAUAAGAAUAAACCCCUCCCUGCCUUACCAUCCGAAGCGAAUAGACAAAAUUCAGCAAUCAUACGAAAUCAAAGCAGAGUAGGCACAACAUCAACACAAGAAGAUUCAAGCUUUUUUGAUGAACGCACGGAGCACGCAAAUGCUAAUAACGAUGGACAAUUCAAGACUUUUGACCAUCCACAAUAUGCAAAAGAUGAAGUAUUAGAUAUCGAGGUUAAUGUUCCGCAUGAUGAAUGGAUGCAUAUGCGUAACAUGAUAAGGAGGACGGAAAAGGCAGAAGGAAAAAAGAAAAAAUGGUAUCAAUGUCAAUUUCCAUCCGCUUGGAUAAUAUUCUCUAGAAGUAUCACUUGUUGGACUCCUUUGAUAUUGCCAUUAUUUGAAAUCCGUGGAAAAUUAGUUCAACAAGCUUGGCGUGAAAAGUUUGCACUUUUUACAAUCAUAAUAACUAUUUGUACAAUUGAUAAAAUGCAAAUUUCUAUACUUGGAAGAGUUUAUAACAUUAAAGGCUUUCCUCAUCCAACAUUCGCAGGAAUAAAUUUCUCAAAUUUUGAGAGAACUGCUGGUGGUAAUGAUUUGACAUUCAUGUUCCAGCAAGUUAACUUGCAUUGUAAGGGAUUGUUUAUUCCCAUUCAACCGGCGGAUAGCAGUGGAAACGUUUAUAAUUAUUUCCCUUGCAUAUUACUUAGUAUUAAUGAUCAUAUAGCACCAAAUUCGUCAUUAAAUCCUGAAAAAUCAGGUUGUCAUGGAUCAACAUUCGCGAAAAAAGCUAUAUCGGUUCUGAAAUUUAGUGGUGAUAUCUAUUACAAUUGGGAUGAUGUACGGUCACCAGAUCGUAAUUACAUCGUUUAUAAUGGACAAGUUUUUGACAUGGAUCGUCUCCAAUGGAUAGUGCCAAAUAUCCGACUGCCUGACAUACUUAAACCAAUGAUGAUAAAAAGUACAAACAUGUUUCAUGGUCAAGAUAUGACUUUUUUUUUACAAAAGAAUAAUAUACAAUUAGCAAAAUGCAUGGAGGAGAUCUUACGUAUUGGUGUUAUUGACACUAUUUCCAUUGGCUGUGUAAUAAGUAAUGCGGUAUCAUCAGUCACUUUAACUAUCAUAGUAGGAAGUUUCCGAAAAGAAUCUGACGUAGAAGAAAAAUUAAAUGAAUCGUCAAAAAAUCAUCAACCACCACUUAAUGAUGAAUACAACAAUAAAAAUCGCGAAGGUUUAUCAUCAUCUAUCUCAUCGGUUAAUCAAUCGAUUAACACAGACUUUUUGAAACAAUAUUUCGAUUUUUCUUUAAAAUACACAAUUUUAUUGGUGGCUGCAGAACAUUCUGAUAACAUGCACGAUUUACGAACGACACUAGAUUCAUUAGCAAGAACAGAUUAUCCUACUUCGCAUAAACUAAUGAUGUGCAUAGUAGAUGAUAAUAAAAUGCCGACAACGAAUGUUUAUGUUUCGGUGAUGAGCGAUUUUAUCACUUCUCCUGAUGAAGUCGUGUCCCAUACUUGCGUUUCAUUCGCCAAUAAUAAAAAGGAAUUUAAAAUGAUAAAGAUUUAUGCCGGAUAUUAUAAAUAUCGAUCAUUGGAUGGAAAGGUACAUAAUGUCCCUAUGAUAACUAUGGUUAAAUAUGCCUCGGAAGAAAAAAAAGACCCAGCAUCAGAAAUUUUUAACAAACGUGAUUCCAAAAUUAUUUUAAUGAAUUUCUUGAAACAUGUUAUGUUUAAUGAAAAGAUGAAUUCACUCGAAUAUGAAUUAUUUACUGUCAUCAGAACUAUUUGUAAAGUUACUCCAGAUUAUUUUGAACUUGUUCUAAUGGUUGAUGUUAACACCAAGGUUUAUCCUGAUUCGUUGGCUCAUAUGAUUGCAUGUAUGUCACAUGACGAUAAGAUUACAGGUAUUUGUGGGGAGAUAGAAAUUUUUAAUAAGAGUGACACUUGGGUGACCAUGAUUCAAGUAUUUGAGUAUUAUAUCACCCAUUUACAAAGGGCGUUCGAGUCAAUUUUUGGAUGUGUAACAUGUCUACCUAGUUGUUUCUGCAUGUAUAGAAUUAAAGUCACUAGGAGUUCAGACGGAAAUUGGAUACCGAUUCUUAUAAAUCCGACCAUCAUCGAACAAUACUCUGAAAAUAUUUUGGAUACAGUUCACAAGAAAAAUUUGCAUCUCGGUGAGAAUCAUUAUUUGACCACCCUUUUACUUCAAAUGUUUCCCAAACGAAAAACAGUAUUUGUUCCCAAGGCAGUUUGUGUAAUUGUCGCAUCAAAUACGUUUUACGCUUUUCUAUCCGAAAGUCUUCGAUCGAUUAAUUCUACAAUACAUAAUCUUUUGGAACUUUUAUUGAUUCCCAACCUGUGUGGAACCUUUUGCUUUUCUAUGAAAUUCGCUAUAUUUUUGAGAUUGGUGAAUAUAGUUGUACUUCCUACAACUACCAUAUUCUUCUUUUAUUUGAUCAUAAUAUCAAGCGUUGACCCAUAUAAUGCUUCAUUUUUUACCUUAUUUUUUCGUACAUUAGUUUUAGUUCUGCCUGCUAUUCUCAUUUUCUUAAUAACAUUUAUUUCACGGCGCGAAAUUACCAAUUUUAUUUGGAUGAUAAUUUACCUUUUGUCAAUGCCCUUACGGAGCUUUAUUAUUCCAAUAUACGCAUUUUGGCAUUUUGAUAAUUUUUCUUGGGAGGAAAGUAUUACAAAGAAGGAAAAUUUUGAUAGUUCAAGAAUUAUAACGAAACAAUGGGUCGAUUGGGAAUACGAAAAUAGACUAAAACGUCGCCGACAAUAUAGCAUUUCUUAA